AUGGGGGACCAAUGGAUCUGGAUUGUGUUGCUGGGUCUCCAUUUCCUACAUGAGGCUGUGUCUAUGUCUACCUGUAAGACUGUGGAUAUGGAGAAGGUAAAGAAAAGAAGAAUUGAAGCCAUCAGGGGGCAAAUCUUAAGCAAACUAAAGCUGACCAAAGCCCCCGAGGUGGAAAGCGAGGACAUGACAGUUCCAGAUGAAAUCUUCUCCAUUUACAACAGCACGGUGGAGACAAUCAGGGAAAAUGCAGAAAAAGAAGAUCGAUUAGGGCACAUUCACAGUGAGGAGGAAUAUUAUGGAAAAGAAGUGCAAAAGAUACCGAUGCACAUCAAUAGAAAUGGUAAAUGACCAAAUACCUUCUAUGUCAGGGGUAGGCAACCUUCGGCACUACAGAUGUCAAAGCAUUAUGGGAGAUGUAGUCCACAGCAUCUGGAGUGGCGAAGGUUGCCUACCCCUGUUCUAUGUCGCAAUGCCUUACGAUACAAUAAUAACAUCAGCAGCUAUGUUUUCAAUUCGGCUGUUUUGACCUAACAUUUGAAAUUCACUUUUAAUUCCUAAAUUUGGUGAAAGACCUUUUCACGUUAUAGAUUCAAAUACCCUUAAUAAUAAAAGAACAAGUACAUAUUAUACGAACGAUAGCUGGAAUCCCACAUAUUUUUCAUACUUGAUGGGUUUUCCAGGUGUACGCAAUCUAAAUAUUUCUAUUUUGCUGCCAACUCUUGAUUGGUGCAGAGAAAUUCUUUAGUGAUUGUACGGACUGCGGCAGGACACGGGCUAAAUGUAUACAUAUUGCGCUCAUUUGCCUGCCGCCAGCACCUUGGCGCAAUCAUUCAUAAUAUUUUCAGGAUUUUAGACUUAUUAAAGAUCAGUUAAGCCAAAUGGACAUUUCAUAACAUUCAGGGUUUACAUUUCAGCUUUUCUUUUUCUAAUAAUUAUUUAAGAGGAUUUAAAUCUACCACCUCUGCUGGAAGGCCAUAGCGGUUUGUUUUUAUGAGACGGCACAGGUUAAACACUGUGUGUCAGUGGGUGCCAGGCUCUUCACACAGGGUGUGUGUCUUAUAAUUAUGGGCCUCAAUGUCUGUGUUUGUGUUUUGGGAUCUAGAUUUUGGGAGAGGAAGAGACUGGUGCCAGAAAUAGGAUGCAUGGCAAUAAAGGAGGAAGAAGGGUCAGACCAAAAUACAAUCUAUUCAGAGCUACUCAGAGGGAAAUUCCCCGGGGAGGGACAGGCACAGGGGGUGUUCAGGGCAAAAAAAGAAAAUAAUUCUUAAAGCUGCAGUAGGAAUAUGAUCUAGUGAUGUGGAGAUUGCAUCACUUAAAUCUAGAUUCAUUGCUGUUACAGGACCCUCUCCCCUAUACCCCUACUCCCUCCACUCCAUUAACUACCCCUAUCCCCUCCACUCCAUUAACUACCCCCGCCCCUCCUCCCUUUUAACUACCCUGCCCCUCUACUCCAUUAACUACCACUGCCCCCUCUUUUCUUUAACACCUCUGCUCCUCCACUUCAUUAACUACCCCUGUCCACUCCACUCCAUUAGCUCCCCCACCCCUCUACUCCAUUAACUACCACUGCCCCCUCCUUCCUUUUAACCCCCUGCUCCUCCACUCCAUUAGCUACCCCUGUCCACUCCACUUCAUUAGCUACCCCUGUCCACUCCACUCCAUUAACUAUCCCUGUUCUUUUUUUUACCCUUUAACUACCUCUGUCCACUCUGCACUACCCCUUCCCCUUCAUUAACUACCACUGCGCCCUCAGCUCCAUUGACUACCCCUGCUGCUUCCUCCCCUUUAAUUAGCCUUGCUCCCUCCCCUUUAAUUACCCUUGCUCCCUCCGCUCCAAUAACUAUCCUUGCCCCCUGCACUCCAUUAAUUACCUCUGUCCCUCUGCUCCAUUAAUUACUACCUGCCCUACCCACUCCAUUAACUACCCCGCUCCUUUGACUUUCCCUGCUGCCUUCUCCCCUUUAACUACCCUUGCUCCCUCCGCUCCAUUAACUACCUCUGCCCCUCCAUUAAUUACCUCUGCACCCUCAGUUCCAUUAAUUACCUCUUCUGCUUCAUUAACUACCCCUGCCACCUCCUCUAAAUUUCUUUACCACUGCUCUCUACCCUAAUUGCUCUGUUCAUUAUCACUGUCAUUCAGCAUGUGUGAUUUCACUUAAGAAGCCAUUGGAAGAUCUAUUCUGACCAUCAUUGAAUAUCAACCACGGGAAAGCUAAAUAAGAUAUCUACUACCCUUCUAUUACCAUCCUGGAAAGGUUGUGUCAGUCAGACUAACAAUCAUAUUACUGUCUUAGCUUUGAACUCUCUAUUAACCAUCCUUUCGAUAACACAAUGACCAGAACUGGACACACGGUCGAAGUAAUGUCUUUCUGGGUUUUCUGUUAAUUUGUAACAUGCGUCUUCACAUAUUUAUCAUCUGAUAUAACCUGAUGUCCGCAUGAUAUUCUAUAAUUUAAACAUCUUGUCACCCAACUCCACUGAGUCCAUAUCCAACACCCUGUGAUCAGCUUACCAUAAGGGGAUCACUAACAUGUUGAGUUUUUGACAAUUUAAACUUUAAAGUGCUCUGUUAUGGCUGGCAUGACUUGGUGUGACUUUAAUGAUCAUUCAAUGCAAUCUAUACAUGAACAGUCAUUCUGGACCUUUAUGCCACUGGGACAGUGAUACAGGCGGCAUCUAAUAUUUUAUUAGCACUGAAAAAGCAAUUACUGGCAGGAUUUUAUUGUUGUAUUCACUCUCUGUGCCACUCUUUAUCAUCCAUCCAUCCACCCCUCCAUUCAUUCAUUCAUUCACCCAUCCACCCACACAUCAUUCCAUUCUUCCAUUUACCCAUUCAUCAACCCACCUAUCAAUCCUUCCACCCCCUGCUCAUUCACCGACCCAUUAUUCCAUUCAUCCAUUCACCUACCUAUUCAUUAAUUCAUCCAUCCAUCCUUCAAUUCAUCCAUUCUUCUGUCCAUCCAUCCAUCCAUCCAUCCACCCAUCCAUUAAUUCAUUCAACAACCCACCUGUUCAUCAAUCCACUUAUCUAUCCUUCAAUCCAACCAUCCUUCCGUUCAUCCACCCACUCAUUCAUCCAUUCACCAUCUAUCCACCCACCUUUCAAUUCAUCAGUUCAUCCAUUCAUCCACCAUCUACCCAUCCAUCCACCCACUCGCACAUCUAUCCAUCAGUUAAUCCACUCAUCCAUCCAUCCUUCUGUCAAUUCAUCCACUCAUCCAACAACCCAUUUGUUUAUUAAUCCACCCAUAGUUCCUUCAAUCCUUCCGUUCAUCCACCCACCCACCCAUCCUUCAAUCCAUCCAUCCUUCUGUCAAUUCAUCCACCCAUCCAACAACCCCUUUGUUUAUUAAUUCACCCAUCGAUCAUUCAAUCCUUCCGUUCACCCACCCACCCGUCAAUCCAUUAGUUAAUUGAUCCACCAUCUAUCCACUCAUCCACCGACCCACCCAUCAGUUCAGCCACACAUCCAUCCUUCUACCCGUCCAUCCAUUUGUCAAUUUAUCCACCCAUUCAACAACCCACCUAUUCAUCAAUCCACCCAUCCAUCCUUCCAGCAUCCACCAUCUAUCCAUCCAUCUACCAUCUGUCAGUUCAUUCAUCCACCCACCUGUCCAUCUAUCAAUUCAUCCACUCACCCAUCCACCCUUCUACCCGUCCAUCCAUCCAUCAAUUCAUCCACGAAUUCAACAACCCACCUAUUCAUCAAUCCACCCAUCCAUCCUUCAAUCCAUCCUUCUAUCUACCCAUUCAUCUGCUCACCUAUCCAUCCAUCCACCAUCUAUCCGCUCAUCCAUCCAUCAUCUAUCCAUCCAUCUGCCCAUCCAUCCAUCCGCCCAUCCAUCAAUUCAUCCACUCAUCCAUUCGGCCUGCGUACCCUCAACCUGCGUCCUGUGGAUGUGCAUUGGUUUUAUAUAUAUAUAUAUGUGUGUGAGUGCUGAUAUUGUCUGUAACCUGCGGUAAGGUACGGUAAAGGGAUGCUCCUUAUUUAUUUGGCUGUCUGUCUGAGCCCCGUAGCAUGCAUCCCACAGGACAUUAGAAUAAGGAAAGCUUGUUACUGGACGUCGAAAUCUGCCCUCAUUAUAAACACUCUGCAGCUACCGUCUGGCACACACAUGUAACAUAAUCCGUCUGGCACACACAUGUAACAUAACCCGACUCUGCCUAACUGAAAACACAGAACCCUUUCCUUUACAGAGUGACAAUGAACAGUAUUAACCCAGUGGAUACUGUAAAGGUGAAGGAUUUCCCUGGCACUUACCCCUUUAAAGGGUCCGAUUUAGGACUCUGAAUGGAGCUCCAAGUUCUGCAAACCUUAUUAGAUCUGUAAGGGUUAAACGCCUUAAUCUGUUUGUUCUAAUUAAAUGACCUAACAUAUUUGAGGCUUGUUUGAACGAAACACUGGAACAAUUAAGGAGAAAUUCACUCAACUUGGCACCAUGUUUUCAUUCCACCUUAAAAUGUUUAACCCUUUAACCAUUGUCUUCAUUAACCUGAAGUUUCUAGAUAAUUUGUUAUGGACUGUGCUUGCGUGAAGACGUGGUGGUCAGACAGACUCAGCUAAUUUACAUCCCACGCAAACGUGACAUGCGCGUCUGAAGAAUGAUAAACACUACCAAGGUUAUUUACUAAAGAGAGAAUUCCAAUAUAAGGCCAGAGUAGACAAACUGAAAUAGAUUACGGACAAUUUUUUCAGUUGGACUAUUUUGGUCUGAAAUUUGAAAUUCACUUUGAAUUCUGACCUUAGUGAGUGUGUCCCUGUUAGUGCAUCGAGAAUUGACAGGAAGUCAAAGUGGGUUUUCAGUGCUAGCUGUAUUUUAAUUUCAGUAAAAAUCACGUUGAAAUUUGCAGUGUGCCGUCCCCGGCCACCAUGUUUCACUCACUUUUAGCUGAGCAGCAUCGGAUGGUAUAUACACGGCCUGAACGGAGUGUACACCCCUGUAUCAGGGAUGUCGUGGCUUCAUAUCUUUAUUAUAAUGUAAAAAUUAACAUAAAUGUAAAAAGUUAUAAUUAAGAAAACAAGAGAAGCAAAAAUUGUGAUUAAAACAUAAACGUUAGUAAAACUUGGUUGGUUCCAGUUUAGCAUUUAAAAGAUUAUGUGAUUUGUCUUAGCCAAAACCUUAAAACGGAGAGUUCUGAUGGAAAGGGGAGCACGCUGAGUGUACAGACAGAAGAUGUGACACAACAGAGAAGACUAACUUGUAGCCAAUAUUCAAAAAGAAGGACGCUAUAGAUGAUUAGUAACAAUUGUAUUGUGCCUCCUUAAAAAAUAUUCAAGAAGAUACCAAGUAUCUUAUAAAUAUCUGUCCUUAAUUGUACCUUGGAAAGAACCAAAUACUAAGACUGACAAGUAUAAAACACAGCUAAUCUGACCUGCGCUGAUUCUGAACUGCCCUUUGGAGACCUACCAACUGGUGAAACGUAUGUUGAAGCUCUCUUGACAGUCUUUUCUUUUGAUGUUUUUGAUUUUAUGUAUGCAUAACUUUUUUUUUUAUAACUGUACCUAUGACUUGUGUAAUACUGAUAGUCUAUAUAGAAGGACUGGGUUUAGCACAGUUAAGACUAGCUCUGUUAUAUCGGACAAUCAAAUGUGUUAUAAAUAUGAAAUUUAAAAGAAAAGAGAUCAUCACAUGAAAUAAUUUUUUUUUUUAAGUUUUCCUCAAUGGUGUACAUUUUAGAAAAGUAGUGUCCCCGGUGCUGGUGAGAGGUAGUGUCCCCGGGCGCAGGUGAGAGGUUGUGUACCCGGGCACUGGUCAGAGGUAGUGUCUCUGGCUGCUGGUGAGAGGUAGUGUCCCAGGACGCUGGUUGGAGGUAGUGUCCCAGGACGCUGGUUGGAGGUAGUGUCCCAGGAUGCUAGUUGGAGAUAGUGUCUCGGGGUGCUGGUUGGUGGUAGCAUGUCUGGUUGCUGGUCGGUGGUAGUGUCUCUGGGUGCUUGUUGGAGAUAGUGUCUCUGGGUGCUGGUUGGUGGUGGUGUCUCCAGUGCUGGUCGGAGAUAGUGUCCCCGGGUGCUGGUCAGAGGUAUUGGCACAGGUGAGAGGUAGUGUCUCUGGGUGCUGGUGAGAGGAAGUGUCUCUGGGUACUGGUUGAAGGUAGUAUCUCUGGGCGCUGGUGAGAGGUAAUGCCCCUGGGCGCAGGUGAGAGGUAGUAUCUCUGGGUGCUUGUGGGGGGGUGAGGGGGGUUGUCCCUGGCUGCUGGUUGGAGAUAGUGUCUCUGGGUGCUGGUCAGAGGUAGUGUCUCUGGGUGCUGGUCAGAGGUGGUGUCUCUGGGUGCUGGUGAGAGGUGGUGUCUCUGGGUGCUGGUGAGAGGUGGUGUCUCUGGGUGCUGGUGAGAGGUAGUGUCUCUGGGUGCUGGUGAGAGGUGGUGUCUCUGGGUGCUGGUGAGAGGUGGUGUCUCUGGGUGCUGGUUAGAGGUGGUGUCUCUGGGUGCUGGUGAGAGGUAGUGUCCCCAGGCGCAGGUGAGAUGUAGUGUCUCUGGGUGCUGAUGAGAGGUAGUGUCUCUGGGUGCUGGUUGGUGAUAGUGUCUCUAGGUGCUUUCUGGAGGUAGUGUGCCUGGGCGCAGGUGAGAGGUAGUAUCUCUGGGUGAUGGUUGGAGGUAAUGUCCCCGGGCGCAGGUAAGAGUUAAUGUCUCUGGAUGCUGGUAAGAGGUAGUGUCUCUGGAUGCAGGUGAGAGUUAGUGUGCCUGGGCGCAGGUGAGAGGUGGUGUCUCUGGGUGGUGGUGAGAGGUAGUGUCCCCAGGCGCAAGUGAGAGGUAGUAUCUCUGGGUGCUGGCUGGAGGUAAUGUCCCCGGGCGCAGGUAAGAGGUAGUGUCUCUGGGUGCUGGUGAGAGGUAGUGUCUCUGGAUGCUGGUGAUAAGUAGUGUCCCCAGGCGCUGGUCAGAGAUAGUAUCCCCGGGUGCUGGUCAGAGAUGGUGUCCCUGGGUGCUGGUCAGAGAUAGUGAGAGGUGGUGUCUCUGGAUGCUGGUGAGAGGUGGUGUCUCUGGGUGCUGGUGAGAGGUAGUGUCCCCAGGCGCAGGUGAGAGGUAGUAUCUCUGGGUUCUGGUUGGAGGUAAUGUCCCUGGGCGCAGGUAAGAGGUAGUGUCUCUGUAUGCUGGUGAUAGGUAGUGUCCCCAGGCGCUGGUCAGAGAUAGUAUCCCGGGGUGCUGGUCAGAGAUGGUGUCCCAGGAUGCUGGUCAGAGAUGGUGUCCCUGAGUGCUGGUCAGAGAUGGUGUCCCUGGAUGCUGGUCAGAGAUGGUGUUCCUGGGUGCUGGUCAGAGAUAGUAUCCCCGGGUGCUACUCAGAGAUGGUGUCCCUGGGUGCUGGUCAGAGAUAGUGUCCCUGGGUGCUGGUCGGAGAUGGUGUCCUGUGUGCUGGUCAGAGAUAGUGUCCCUGGGUACUGGUCAGAGAUAGUAUCCCCGGGUGCUACUCAGAAAUAGUGUCCCUGGGUGCUGGUCAGAGAUAGUAUCCCUGGGUGCUACUCAGAGAUUGUGUUCCUGGGUGCUGGUCAGAGAUGGUGUCCCUGGGUGCUGGUCAGAGAUGGUGUCCUGUGUGCUGGUCAGAGAUAGUGUCCCUGGGUGCUGGUCAGAGAUGGUAUCCCCAGAUGCUACUCAGAGAUGGUGUCCCUGGGUGCUGGUCAGAGAUGGUGUCCCUGGGUGCUGGUCAGAGAUAGUAUCCCCAGGUGCUGGUCAGAGAUGGUGUCCCUGGGUGCUGGUCAGAGAUAGUAUCCCCGGGUGCUACUCAGAGAUGGUGUCCCUGGGUGCUGGUCACAGAUAGUGUCCCUGGGUGCUGGUCAGAGAUGGUGUCCAUGGGAACUUUGUUGUCCUCCUUCUGGUACUUGGGUAAUAUGGAAUCUCGGCAGUGAAGGGACUGCUCUCUCAGCUGACACUCUCACUCUAUCACCGGCCGUCCAUGGUGAGUUAAACAAUAAAACGUAUGAUCACUCGCGAUGGAUGGACACUGACUGGCAAAGAAUUUUUCAUUAAUGUACAAUUAUUAUAUUAAAAAUGCUCUGCAAUUUCCAAUCUGGGUUUAAGGAUCUAUUUCAACUUUUGGGAACUGAUUUUACCAUGAGGUUUACUCUUUAAACUAUAAGUUUGUAGGAAGAUGACAAUAGAAGUUAUGCACUUGUUACGCCGAUUCCUGCGCCAGUUCUGAAGCAUAUAAUAUACUGUACCAAAGCCUUUCAUCCUUCCAAGAUCAAUCACAUGAGCAGCAUUGAGUUGAGUAAGUGGAAUAUAACGAAGCGCAUGGAAACUGUGAAAGCUGAAUGCAUCCGUCCGGAUUACGUUCUCUGGUAUUCUAUUAUUCCAUCGCAAGUUCUAAUGAUUAAUGGCCUGACAGGUCGACUUUAUUUAAAUGCCUGUCUGAGACUGUUAAAGCCCCAGCAAGCCAACAAAGAUGGCGGCAGGCGUGGCUCUUUCCUGUUUUUACUCUCAUUUAAUUUUUUCCAAAAGGCAUUUCUUAGAUGAGGCCUAACUUACAAGAUACAAAGGCCAUAUUUAUCCACAAUGUCCGUACUGAUUUUCCUGUUAAUGCAAUUAAAACAUUUGCAUUAAGAAUGUCACAAUGUGAGGUUGUGCUAACACUAUUUCAAAGUUUACAGAGUUCAGGAUUAUUAAGCAUGUUCCGAAAACACCCUAAGAAAUAGCUACACAUUCUGCAUUUACUGGAAAAAUCUGAGCGUAACUCCAAAAAGCUUCAAAUUUGAUUUUCUAAGCCUGGAUUCUGCAAAAUGUAUGAAAUGAUACGGCAAAAUGAAAUGUGUGAUGAAUACCAAGAUAGCAGGAUAGUGACAGCUAUAAGUACAUUUGGUUUAUUACAUAUUUUCUCUCCUUCCUUUAUUGCAGAGGACAAUCGCCAACCAAAUACCAAAUACAUCAUUCCAUUUAAUGCAUCACGCGUACGGGAGAUUGUGCAGAACCCAAUCCUGCUCCACCAGGCAGAGCUCCGUAUGUUCAGAAAAAAGACUGAUCAAAUAAACGAAACUGUGGAAACUCGAGUGGAACUCUAUAAGGUGAGUUGGUGGAUGCAGUGGGAUUAUUCUUAGUUUGCAUACAGGUUAAUGUGCCAUAUUCGGGAAUAGUAAUGAGUGCGAGGCAUAGUUUAGCGUUCAAUGUGAGCUUUUAAACUCAUCCAAGUAGACAGACUGAAAAUGUAAGAUACAUUCUCAAUUAAUUAUAUAGCGCAAACAUAUUCCUCAGUGCUGUACAAUAGGUAAACAAAACAAACAGUUAAUUCUAAAAACAUUUUAGGAAAACAUGACUGACAUACUGGAACAGUAGGUGCAGAGGGCCCUGCCCACGGGAGCUUACAAUCUAAGAUAGAAAGUGUCUAGUGAUCACAGGCUCACCCAAGUAGUAAACAUCUUUUACUUAAGGCACAUUUGCCAACAACAUCGUACGAGUCUUAUGUGGUGCACAGGUCAGUAGAGAAUGAGAUGGGAAGAUUUUUUUUAUCCAAUAGUAGCAGUUAUGUAUAAUGCUCAUUUUUUGUAAAAGGGUUUCAUACUUCAUUUUUGAUAUUUUAAUAAUUAAAACUACACUCUGAAAAUCACAACAACCUUCAAUAAAGGCACAAACAGGGCAAAUUAGUCUAGAGACCUCUGGGACAGAUAAGUUGUAUCCGGGUGUUAUUUUGGCCUAUUUUUCCCUCAAACGUCCAUGGGUUGGACUCAAAACUAGAGAGCCCAGUUAAAUCAAAUGGAAAAACAAACAAUGAAGAGGUAGCGCAGCACCAUCACUAUUCAUUUUUUGCAAAAACCCUCCUGAAGUGUUAAGUCCUGAUACCAGACGGUUAGUGGGUAGAGAACACACUCACCUCAUACUUUGCCUCCUUGUGUCACCAUUGUCCUGUCUUCAGCUCUUGGCAGAUGAGGCAUCUAAAGGACACAUUAUGUUAUCUUGCACAUGGCAUCACUUUAUUUUCUUUCAUUCAAAAUUACAAAAAAGGAAGCUAAGUAAGACUGCAGGAUCCUUUAUAGAUCUUCUACAACACCGUCUCUGUCAUUCAUCACGAGGAAACUGAUCAAUGAUCCUGAGAAAAAUGGUUACCCUACUUGGUCUUAAGAUAUUUCUUGAUUGUCCUGGAAUUUCAUUGCAAUUCAAAACAAUAAAUAAAAUUGUUCAUAAAGAUUCUAUCAUUAAAAUCUGCUAUCUAUACCCCUUAGUUCUAUGUAUACCAUUCCAGUCUGACCCUUACCAUUGUAGUGCUAUCUAUACCUUCCCAGUUCUAUGUAUACCAUUCCAGUCUUAUCCGUACUAUUGUAGUGAUAUAUAUACCCUCCCAGUUCUAUGUAUACCAUUUCCAUUUUACUUGUACCACUGUAGUGCUAUGUAUACCCACCCAGUUUCACCUAUAGCCUUUAUUUAAUGUUAAUUUAUUCUUAGAUUGGGCAUUUUGUAGUUUCAUUGAUUCUUGUGACGGCUAUUCAAAAGAUCCAUUUCUUCCUCCGGCAGGUUCUACAGCAGAGAAACAAGUCCUCUCGGUACUUGGACAGUAAGUUUGUGUGGCCUGGAAAACUCUCAGAGUGGCUCUCAUUUGAUGUGACAGAAACUGUGAAGGAAUGGAUAAACGAUAAAGGUAAGCUCCAGCAAUGCAGUCUGGUGCUCUGUGUAUCUGGGUUGAUAGCAUGCCAGUGCUGACAGUUCACCUCUAGAGUUAUUUCUAUAACUCUGGAACUGUCCAGACCUGACAAUUAUUCCUGGAGACAUGCUCGAGCCGGAAUCUCCCAGAGAUAACGUCAUUAAAUGGAUUUGGAAUGGUGAGCUACUUGGACAGUGAGUUGGUGGAGUACUGAUUAAUAACGCGGUAUGGGCUUGGAGUAGGGUCUGGUGAGGCUGUUGGGUGGAGUCUGAAUGGAAAAUAUAGAUUCUGUACAUACAAUGGCUAAAAGAUAGGCAGGGUGGAAUUGGGCCAAGAUGUGGAAAUGUAAAGAUUGUUGAACGCACAGAGUAUGGAUCAGAUGGGAAGGAAUCAGAGAGUCAGAUAGAUCUUCAAAUUGGUUGGCUGUGGCAUGGAUGGAGUAGGGGAGGGCUCAGUGUGGAGUGAAUGGGGUUUGGUUGGUAAAUGUGGAAUCUGGAUAUACAGUGACUGUGGAAUGGAUGGAGUGUGAGUUCGGGAGGGCUCAGCGUGCAGUGAAUGGGGUUUGGUUGGUAAAUGUGGAAUCUGGAUAUACAGUGACUGUGGAAUGGAUGGAGUGUGAGUUCGGGAGGGCUCAGCGUGCAGUGAAUGGGGUUUGGUUGGUAAAUGUGGAAUCUGGAUAUACAGUGACUGUGGAAUGGAUGGAGUGUGAGUUCGGGAGGGCUCAGCGUGCAGUGAAUGGGGUUUGGUUGGUAAAUGUGGAAUCUGGAUAUACAGUGACUGUGGAAUGGAUGGAGUGUGAGUUCGGGAGGGCUCAGCGUGCAGUGAAUGGGGUUUGGUUGGUAAAUGUGGAAUCUGGAUAUACAGUGACUGUGGAAUGGAUGGAGUGUGAGUUCGGGAGGGCUCAGCGUGCAGUGAAUGGGGUUUGAUGGGUAAAUGUGGAAUCUGGAUAUACAGUGACUGUGGAAUGGAUGGAGAGCACAGGUUACUUUUUCUUGAAUAAAAAAAUCUGAAUUAACCUGGCAUUGUCAUAAUGACUUUUUUCCUUCCGGUUUCCGCAGAGGAGUACGAACACUUCAGAUUACGUGUGGCUUGUCCAUGUGAGGAAAAUGUCAACAAUAUAAUACCCGACAUUGACGGUGGGUGUUGUAUGUUGAUACCAUAUUACUCUACAGGCGGUCGAAGAAACCCGAUUCUAUGUAUCUAUAAAUAAAACACUUCUGGCAAUUUGGAGGAUUUGAUUUAGUAAAAUGACUAUAAUGGAGCCCCGAAUUAGGCUAUUUCACUAUGUCCACUCUUAAUGCAACAUUUUAAAGCAUAGGCUAGGUAACGUUUUAACCAUAGCAUAUAUCAGGAAAGUACCUUUUAUGCCAAAUCCUUUGAUUACAUAGUUCAUCCUUCUUCAAAGCGGAUAGAGAAUGCUGACAAAACCAUUUUCUUAUGAUCUUCUCAAAUACUCUAGUGUUAAAGGAACAGUCCAGCAAUAUCAACAAGUGUUGUAGUGUAUUUAGAUUGGAAAGAGGUAAGAGGCUAUUUACCUGUAAUCCACCAUCCCCCGGAGAACAUCAUCAGUGAUGACAUCAUCAGUGAUUAUAUCGCGGCCAAUCCAGUGCUUCAUUGCUGCAUGCGCGAGAGCACAGUAUUGAGGUCUGUGGAGGAACCCACAAGAAAGCAGGCUCCUCCAUAGAUAAAGCCAAUUCCCUGCAACUGUCACUGGUGACGGCUGGGGGAUUGACACUUCUAGGCGGCUGUAAUUCCGCCCCAGAGGCUAGAAGUGUUAGGAAAAUAUAAUUAGAGACAAAGUAGUCUCUACUUUUCUUGACUGAGUUGGAAUUUCAGUAAGAUUCAAUGCCGCUUUAAAUGUACUUUUCUUUAAAAAAAUCUUUCUCACUAGUUUUAAAACUAGAAACAGAAACCUCAUUUGCAAUGUGUGCCCUGACUGUGCCAGGACUGAACUGGAUUAUGACUGACAGUAACAGAGAAUGGCAGAAAUUAAGGCUUUGUACCAGAGGCACCAGGAAUGUUUGAUACAAUUGCUAGAAUUAAACAUUAUUUUGUAGCUAAACUUCUGCUCCCCUUUAUGGGACCUUUCUCCCCAUCCCAGGAUUUAUCGACCAGCGUGGAGAUAUGAAAGACCUAAUGAUGGGGUCAUCAUACUUUCCUUAUCUACUCAUUACAUACAUCCCUGCAGAACGAAUGGAGACUGGGCACAGCUCAAGGAGGAAGAGGGCAUUGGAUGAAGAAUACUGUCGCUCGUGAGUCUUAUAUGUAGAAAUAAACUCACGGAGAUAUUAACUCAUACAGCUAUAUAAAAAGCCAACAAUUUCCGAGUUUUUCAAGAAGGAACAUAGCUGGUGGUGAAUAAUAUAUGGGUAUACCUGGUAUGAGUGUUAGGUUGGUAUUCCUGGCAGGGCGAGUAGGGGUGAUAGAGGUAAUAAAGCCAGUAGGGGUGGUAGAAGUGAUAAGGUCAGUAGGGGUGGUAGAGGUGGGGUGAUAGGGCUGCUGGGGUAUGGGCUCGGUAUGGGGGUAUGGGCCGUAAGGCUGAUGGGGCUGGUAUGGGUAAUGGGCCAGUAUGGAUGAUAGUCCAGGAAUGGGUGUUGAUAUUCUUGGUUGGGUUGUGGGACUGUUAAGGUUGGUGGGGCUGGUGGGUUGGCAACCUAGUGAUGACUUCAACAUUUGUUUGUUGCAGAAAUACUGGUUCAAACUGCUGUGUAAAACCUCUGUUCAUCAACUUCCGUAAGGACCUGGGCUGGAAAUGGAUUCAUGAACCUAAAGGAUACAAUGCCAACUAUUGUCUAGGAAACUGCCCUUUUAUCUGGGGCAUGGACACGCAAUACAGCAAGGUGGGAGACUGUGCAUUAUCGAGGCCAUGACCCCUCUAUAGGGGUUAACAUGAUUGACCAUAACGUAAGAUAAUGAGCUUUGGGAAGAUGAUAAUGCACCAACCAACUCCGAGCACCAUUACGGUUCUGGUGCCAGGAGUGCGCUACUGUCAUCCAGGGAUAAUCUGCAAAAAGGUUUGACAGGUGCCUGUGCCCACUUACUCUGGGCAAUGGCCAUACCCAAUAUAGCAGGCUUGAUUAGUGUGUUCCUUAAGUAUAUAAGGAAGCUAUGGGACACAGAGUUUGUCCCUCCCACUGCAGGGUGACACAGACAGAAGGGAGCUAUGGGACACGGAGUCUGUCCCUCCCACUGCAGGGUGACACAGACAGAAAGAGCUAUGGGACACGGAGUCUGUCCCUCCCACUGCAGGAUGACACAGACAGAAGGAGCUAUGGGACACGGAGUCUGUCCCUCCCACUGCAGGGUGACACAGACAGAAGGAGCUAUGGGACACGGAGUCUAUUCCUCCCACUGCAGGGUGACACAGACAGAAGGAGCUAUGGGACACACAGUCUGUCCCUCCCACUGCAGGGUGACACAGACAGGGUGUAGUUGUGUACUUUUGUGUUAGUAUUUGUGGUGUACUGAUGCAGGUGUGUGUGUAUCUCUUGCAGGUACUCUCCCUCUAUAACCAAAACAAUCCCGAAGCCUCUAUAUCUCCAUGCUGUGUUCCCGAUGUGCUGGAUCCUCUCCCCAUUAUAUAUUACUAUGGCCGUCAAGCCAGGGUUGAGAAACUGUCAAACAUGGUGGUAAAGUCCUGUCAAUGCAGCUGA